ACGUCGAUGACAGUUUCCGUACCUCGCGGUUUGGUCAGAAUAAGCCAAAUCACAGGGGCAACGGAAGUCACGAAAGACCACACAUUAACUUUGUUGAGGGACCACGUACAGUUCACGAAAACAUGUUCCUGGCCCAGUGGUCCCAGUUGGGGGUGGGAGCCGGGGAACGUUAUGCAGCUAUAACCACAAGUGCCCCCCAUAGUGAGGAUUCUGAAUCUGAUGGUGAUGACUCUGUACACUCAAUGCCAGUUCCUUCUAUCACUCCUCGACCCGACGUCCGCAAGCCUCCUCCCUCGUCAGAUUCGACUCCCCAGGCUUCUUAUGCAAAUAUCGCCAAGCUUGCUGCUUCAGCCAAUCGUACACAGAUGAAGCGAGUGGGCACUGUAGGGGCUCAGUCUGGGACGGCAGUAGUGAAAGAGUGGAUGGUGAAGUUAGUGGUAUUAAUGUUGUAGAACAUUCAACAUCAAGACCUCAAGUAGCGUGUGAA